UUUUCUUUCCCUUUUUUAACCGCCAUGGAGAGGGCGAAGAGGGUUGCAGAGCCCUAAUUUCACAUUCCAUCUUUCCUCUUCUUCGUUUCUCCAUUUAUCUAUCAAUAUUUGUUUUUCUGAAUAAUCGCUUCUUGGUUCAUCGUAUUUUUCGAGUCAUUUGAUUGUGGUUGCAGAUCUGCAAAACCCUAACUUUUCCAAGGCUUUGGAUUUGGAGCUUGCAAAUACUCUGGAUAUUGAAAUUUAAUUACUGGUAAGGUCAUUCACGUGGAUUGUUCUAUCUGGUGGCAAAAGGAAACUUUCUUUCGUUUUUAGGGUUUACUUCCUAGGGUUUCAGAGAUGCCUGGCCUGGCUGAGAUAUUAACUCUCCCUGCACCUCCUAGUGAUGGAAACCUCGGGCCUCUCCCUCCAUCCCAACUCACUGAAGAAACCCCAAAAGACAAAGGUUCUCAACAAGAGCAACAGACCUCCACAACUUCCCCUUCCCCUCCUGUGUCAGUCCCAACACACACCAAAACAAUAGGGAUCAUCCACCCACCACCAGAUAUUCGAAACAUUGUUGACAAAACUGCACAAUUUGUUGCCCGAAAUGGGCCUGAAUUCGAGAAGAGAAUUCUCGCUAACGAAAAGAACAAUGCCAAAUUCAAUUUCUUGAACCCAUCCGAUCCCUACCAUGCCUAUUAUCAACAUAGAGUAUCUGAGUUUCGAACCCAACUACAAUCUUCUACUCAGGCUGCUCCAAUUCAAGCUGGGCCCAUCCCAGAUGCCCAAAAUGAUGCUAGUGCCCCUGCCUCUGUCCCAGCUCUGGAAACCAAUGAAGCGGCCAAACCUGAGUCUCAGUUUAAGCCUAUUCGGAAGGUUCUAGAACCCCCCGAAGCUGAGCAAUACACAGUCAGGCUUCCUGAAGGUAUAACAGGAGAGGAAUUGGAUAUUAUUAAGCUUACUGCUCAAUAUGUUGCGAGGAAUGGGAAGUCGUUUUUGCAAGGCUUAACGAGUCGUGAAAUCAACAACCCCCAAUUUCACUUUAUCAAGCCGACACAUAGCAUGUUCACUUUCUUUACCACCCUUGCCGAUGCUUACUCGAAGGUGUUGAUGCCCCCAAAAGGGUUGACGGAGAAGCUUAGGAAGAACGCAGCUGAUAUGACCACUGUUUUGGAGAGGUGCUUGCAUAGGCUUGAGUGGGAGAAGUCUCAAGAGCAGGCUCGACAAAAGGCAGAGGAUGAGAUUGAACAGGAGAGGUUACAAAUGGCAAUGAUAGAUUGGCAUGACUUUGUGGUUGUGGAGACUAUUGAGUUUGCAGAUGAUGAGGAUGAGGAGUUGCCUCAACCCAUGACAUUGGAGGAGGUUAUAAGGAGAAGCAAGGCCUCUGCUUUGGAGGAAAUGGAAGAGGUGGUGGAGCCUGGUAAAGAAGUGGAGAUGGAGAUGGAUGAAGAGGAAGUGGAGCUUGUUGAAGAGAGCAUGAGAACUGCAAGUCUCGAGGACAAUGCUGAUGAUGGGAAGAAAGAUGAAAACACCCAUGCUAAACCUGCCGAGGAAUCAGAGCCACCCAUGAGAAUUGUGAAGAAUUGGAAGAGGCCGGAAGAGAGGCUUCCUGCUGAGAGGGACCCAACAAAGUUUGUUGUCUCGCCAAUAACUGGAGAGCUCAUUCCUAUCAACGAGAUGGCCGAGCAUAUUCGCAUCUCUCUUAUAGAUCCCAAGUAUAAGGAGCAAAAGGAAAGGAUGAUGGCUAAAAUUAGAGAGACCACCUUGGCUCAAGAUGACGAAAUCUCGAGAAACAUUGUUGGGCUCGCUAGAACCCGCCCCGAUAUCUUCGGAACCACUGAGGAAGAGGUCUCAAAUGCUGUGAAGGCUGAGAUUGAGAAGAAGAAGGAAGACCAACCGAAACAAGUCAUUUGGGAUGGGCACACAGGAAGCAUUGGAAGAACUGCAAACCAAGCCAUGUCCCAAAACCUCAUUGGCGAGGAACAACCUGAUCAAAAUGGUAAUGAUGGUCGGGUCCUUCCAGGUCCUGGCCCUCUUCCUAAACCAGGCAUGCCCUCUAUUAGGCCCCUUCCUCCACCACCAGGACUUGCUCUUAACAUUCCUCGACCACCUCCAAAUGUUCAGUUCUCAACACCGGGUAGCUCAGGGCUUAUUAUGCCAUCCUCUGGUCCUAGACCACCUGUAAUUCCUAUUUUACCCUCUGUGAGGCCAGCCAUGUCUAUGCCUUCGAUGCAACAGCCUAUGAUGAUGGGUAGGCCACAACCGCCUCCUCCACCUUCAGGUUCGAUGGGUAUGCCCAAUUUCACAAUUCCGCCCCCACCAGGGGCUCAGUUUACGCCUCUGGGGAUGCCGAGGCCUUUUAUGCCCAUGCAAAUGCCUCCUCAAAGUAUGCAAAUGAUGCCACCACCGCCUUUGCCACAAGGGAUUCCACCGCCGCCCCCACCUGAGGAGGCACCUCCUCCGUUGCCAGAUGAGCCGGAGCCGAAGAGACAGAAGGUGGAUGAUGCGGCUUUGGUACCCGAGGACCAGUUCUUGGCUCAACAUCCGGGAUCUACACGUAUUGCUGUUUCUGUUCCUAAUGCUGAAGAGGGAAAUCUCAAAGGACAAGUAUUGGAAAUCAUGGUGCAAUCUUUAUCAGAAACGAUAGGGAAUCUAAAAGAGAAGAUUGCUGGAGAGAUUCAACUUCCUGCGAACAAGCAAAAGCUGAGUGGUCGGACUGGUUUCCUCAAGGACAACAUGACUCUUGCAUAUUACAAUAUUGGUCCAGGAGAAACUCUUACCCUUGCUUUGAGGGAACGUGGUGGCCGAAAGAGAUGAGAAAUAUCUUUCCCCUUCAGGCAAGAGAAGGUUAUAUCCCAAGUAGCAUCGCGAAUUAGGCCUUCUCUAAAUCAUAGAAACAAAAUCAUGGGAACGACCUGUGUUUUUACAUAUUUUAGAUGUCUAAUAACCUGUAUCUUUUAUAUUUUGGUUUUCUUUCAUUUGUGAGGCAUCUGAUACUUUGAUAUGUUGCUGCAGAUUAAAGUUCUUCAUACUUUGGAUAGGACUGAUUAUGUCUUCCGUGAUAUUUUGAUUAGGAAGUGUUCUUAUAUUUUUUUUUUUUCAAACUUAACCGGAUGUGUAAUAUCUGCUGCAGAUAUGGCAGGCGCUCAUUUUCCCUCAUGGGGUUGCUUAUUACACCUCAACUUUUAGUGGAACCAGCCAAAAGAGGGCUUGUUGUUUUUAUGUUUUAAUUUUUCUUUCGUUUACUAAUGUUUUUGGGUUGCUAAUAACUUGGAUGCCAUCUUGUCAUUACCAAAGCAUGUGAUGAUUCUGAUGUCAGAAAUCUUUUAGAGUAAUUUCUCAUAUACAUUAUAAUAUGCAGGUUGCUGUUUCUGGUGAAGUUCUGGAAGGUCCAGGUUGCUUCAAUUCUGAUGAAAUUUUGUUAGUGUGAUCUAUGUUAUUGUGUCCUAAUCGUUGUGACCCUUUAACAAGGAAAUCUGAUGUGACUUUGCAGUUCAUUUUGGCAGCAAGUGCCAGGAAUGAAUGAGUUUAGAAGAAGUUCUCGUGGUGCUCCAAAGAUGGCUGUUAAUGUACAAUGUUGGGAUAAGUAAAGUACUAUUUUAUUUUCCUCUGGUUGCCCUUUUCUGAAUGGUGAAUGCCUCAACCGGUCGUUUUAUCAUACAUUCUGUAUGGGGCAUAAAGAGGGCUACCACCUAACACGCAUUGUGUUGGACAGCUGAUGAAUAUUAUUAAUAGUUGCAUUAAGUAGUGUGUAGGACAUUGCCUUUGUACAUGAUUUAUUCAGUUUGUGUCUAUGCACGAUUGGACCAAUUUUUUAGCAUAAUUUAUUGAAUUAUACAA